AUGCGUUUUUUUAGCGGGUGGUUUUCACCACGUAACGUGAGCCUCAAGCAAAUAGCGGACUAUCCUGUUUACAUAUGGCAGAUUCCAUGUGGUAAGACAUCUUUAGAUAAAAAUGGAAAACUUGUUGUGAGCGGUACAUCGACAAAGGACAUAAAAAACACAGGUGGGUACCUUGACAGUACACACAAGGAGUGUUGCAUGGUUUUCAACUUCACACCGUUGUUGAAGGAACUUGAGGCUGCUUUUAAACACGGAGAAAUACUAGACUACUCAAAGCAGACCAUUGAGGAUUUCACGUUAUUGAUUGAGCUGUGUUCCACGAUCGCAAAGUGGGCGCUCGCCGACCGCGGGAGGGCGGGCUACUGCGCCGUCCUUGUUUUUUUCGAGGAAAGUGACGCAGUUCACAUUCCUAGCUAUGCAGCUAUGAUUGCUACGUGCUUUUACAUUUUUGCAGGUGGGCAGUCCUAUUGGGGGAAAUAUACGCUAGAUUAUAUGGAGAAGCAACUGGGUAUUCCGCGUAGCAGGUAUCACUUUCAAUCACAAGAACACUAUGCAAAUUACUUCCAGUUGCUUCUAGACGUACCAGUGGUACCUAGCAACAAGCGGCGUAGGCUCGUCCGUGCUUCCUUGUAUAACGCGGAAGCGAUUAAAGAUGCGAAACUGAGUCUCCUUGUGCAGUGUGAGGGUGAAGAAUUUCUCAUAGACGAUGCGAAUGCCUGGGAGGUUGUGGAUGAUUCAGUCAUUCAUUUUGACGUGCCGUAUCCGGUAUGUAUCUUUGGGGAUUUUGCUGUAGUGCUGUUACGAAAUGGCAAGCUGUUGAUGGAGCAAAUGAAGAAAGAGAACGUUAUUGCGCGUUACGCAUUUAGUACUAUAUUUGUCCACGAAGAUAAUCACCAAAUUCACGUUCGAAGCAUGGAUUACGCUGAGAAAAACAACCUCACGGGUGAUUUUUACAUUACUCUACACUUUGUAGACGGGGAAACAAGGAGCACGGAUUCGGCUUAUGCUGACCAACUUAGGAAGCGCAUUGAUCAGUCGCCCAGACAAAAGGCGUUUUUAUUAAAUCCAGAGUCGUUCGGAGCACAAAAUGGUUAUGCCACCUCUUCCAGUCACCGCCAUGAUGAUGAUCUUAUGGGUGGAGUAUAUUAUCGAGCUGAUGGAACUCAAAGAGGGGGACACAAACACAGCGGAAGAAUGCGGUCAUCUUCUGCAGCGGUUAGGGAGCCUGCAGUUCUCAUUUUAGAGCAGGAGGAGGAGAGGCUUUAUCAGGAUGACGAGGAGUUGGCUUCAUUUGCUGGUUCCCUCUACGAUGAGGAUGAUAAAUGCGAGCAAAAAACAGCAUCUCACUCAUCUCCUCGGGACCCAGAGAGUUCACCGCUCCCUCCGUCUGCAACAUUACCGCCACCGCCUCCGCCAGCGGCUGAGAGGUUACCAGCUCCCCCGCCACCCCCUGUAAAGCUACCGCCACCACCACCACCACCGGGCGGGAAGUUGCCGCCACCGCCGCCACCACCACCGGGCGGGAAGUUGCCGCCACCGCCUCCCCCGCCUGGAAAAGCGCCACCACCACCACCAGGCGGAAAACUUCCCCCACCUCCACCACCAGGAGGUAAAGGGGCGCCCCCUCCGCCACCGCCACCUCCUGGUAAGCUGGGUCCUGGUGGAGGUCCUCCGCCACCGCCGCCACCCCCACCACGUGGGUUAGGGUCACUAGGGGUGUCGGCAUUGGGUGGACCAAAGGCCCCAGUGCCCAAACCUGCGUAUGUUGGCCCAAAACUCAAGACGUUCUUUUGGAAGAAGCUCCCCAGGGCAAUGGGUCUGUGGAGUCAUGCUGAUACCGCGGCUGUGGAGAAAGUUAUCGAUGAAAAUUUUCUGUUAGGGAUGUUUGAAGUUCGGAAGAAGUCCUCAACUACUAUGGCAAAGAAUAGCGAGGCGAAAGCUCCAAAGGGUAACAGUCUUCGAAUGAGUACUGCUUUGACAGAUCAGAAGCGACAAAACAUUGCCAUUUCACUAAAGAAGCUGAAGUUGAGUGUAGGCGACUUAUGCCGGGCACUAAUAGAAUGCAACGACGAGGUGUUGCCAUGUGAUGUUUUGGAGUCUGUAUAUGCAGCUUUUCCCACAACGGAGGAAGUGGCUUCUCUUCGAGCCGAGCAUACAGCCGGAAAUGUCGAAUGGACAGAUGUCGAAAGAUACAUGCACGAACUUUUUAGCACCGUAGUGGACGUACGUGACCGCAUUCCCCUAUGGGUAGCAACGCAAACGAGUGUAGAGUUGGUUUCAUUUACGGAGGAACGACUCGAACUUAUAGGGAGAGCAGUGUUGGCCGUCACAAAGAGGAACUCUAUGCUAGCUGCGCUUCUCCACGUUAUUCUCUCGAUCGGAAACUUUAUGAACCGUGGGAGUGCCCAUGCAAACGCCCCGGGAUUCCGUUUGGAGAGUUUAAACCAGAUGAACUUCGUGAAAGCGGUAGAUGGAAAGACAACUAUGCUGGAGGUGGUGAUUGUCUCGGUUCUUGACCGUGACCCUGGAUUGCUUAAAUUCAUGGAUGAGACAGAGUGUAUCGAGGAUAUCUGUGGUACAACCAUACAAGAUGUAGGGCAAAGUGUUUCUCAACUGAACUUCACACUGCAGAAAAUGCGGCGUGCGGUUGAGGCGGCGAACCAGUUACAUCUGCCCGGAAAAAUAGAUGCGAAGCUCCCCCCUGGGGUAGUAGACGCACUCCCCAAAGUUCUGCAAGGAUACUUGGAGAAGUACCUGGCGCCAGUCUCCCAGUUAGCCAUACGUCAUCAGCGGCUUAAGGAAGAUAUCGCGGAGAUGCUGGAAAGUUUCGGUGAGGACCCAACUAUGGACGAGACGGUAUUCUGGAACUACUUUUUGCAACUGCGGAUGGAGGUGGGGAACAUCCUACAGCGCGUUGAGAAGGAGGAGGUUACCAAGCAAUCGCUACUGCGAUCCGUGGGCGCGGACGGCGAGGGUAUCGGUAGCAAGCCUGAAGACUCUUCCAAGAAAGAGUGA